AUGGCCUCGAGGUACAUUCGUCUGUCGUGUUAUGGAAGUAAUGUUGAUCCGAGGGAUGAUGACGAUGAGAUCUCUGCGGCCGUUGCUCUAUCGCUGGUUCCACGAAAGCGCAAGUGGGGAGGCUCUGUUCCGGGCCACAGGGUAUAUAAACGUGAUAGAGCUGGGGCAGACAAAAGAUUAAUGGCUGAUUACUUCGUUCCACGCCCUUUGUACAACGAGGAUCACUUUAGGAGAAGGUUUCGGAUGAAGCAAGAUUUGUUUCUUGAAGUUGUUAAUCGUACUGCUGCUGCCAAUCCGUACUUUCAAAAGAAACCUGAUUGUGUUGGUGUGGAAGGUUUCACUCCUAUUCACAAGUGCACGGUGGCCAUCAAGAUGCUAGCAAAUGGAGGUCCAGCUGAUUGUUUAGACGAUCAUUUGAAAAUGGGUGAAAGCACUGUCCUAGAAACCGUGAAGAAGUUUGUUGAAACUGUCAUUGAAGUGUUUGGAGAUGAGUGGCUCCGACCUCCAACGGAUGAGGAAGUGCAGCACAUUCUUCAGGUGAAUGCAGCUCGAGGUUUUCCAGGGAUGUUGGGUAGUAUAGAUUGUAUGCAUUGGGAGUGGGCUAAUUGUCCAACAUCUCAUCAUGGCAUGUACAAGGGGCACAAAGGAAAACCAACUGUUAUAUUAGAAGCUGCGGCAACAGAAGAUCUCCGAAUCUGGCAUGCUUUCUUCGGAAUGCCUGGUUCGCAUAAUGAUAUCAACGUGCUGCAACGUUCACCUGUGUUUGAUGAUUUGGCUAACGGAAGAGCUCCUGAAGUGGAGUUCGAUGUCAACGGCAACACUUACAGUUUAGGAUACUAUCUAGCAGAUGGAAUAUAUCCAGAUUGGGCUACCUUGGUUAAGUCUUUUGGUGCUCCAGUAAACAACAAACACACGACCUUUUCAGAAAGACAGGAAUCCUGCAGGAAAGAUGUUGAGCGCGCCUUUGGUGUCCUCCAAGCAAGAUGGAAGAUAAUUCGUUAUGCUGCAAGGUUGUGGAGUCAACUUGAUCUGAAUGCUAUCAUGAAGGCUUGCAUAAUUUUGCACAACAUGAUUCUUGCUGAUGAAAGAAACUCAAACUUGCCUCACAUUGCCAAUGAAGACUGGCCUGGACCAAGGGAUCCGCCAGUUAACAAUGUAGCCGAGAUGAUGGAUGCUUACACAUAUAUUAAAAAUAAAGAUACUUGUUUCCAGCUUCGAGAUGACCUUGUGGAGCACAUCUGGCAGAUGAAGGGAACGGCCGGAUGGGAUGACUGA